AUGAAGCCCUUCUCACGGAACAUCCAGAGAGAGCUCGACGCCGCGGCCGUUGCCGACGGCAAGCAGCACACAGGGAGAGGCGCCCGGCGGCCCUCCCGGCUGUUCUACCUCGGCCUCCUCUACACCGUCUUGUGGGCCCUGGUAUUCUUUCACCACUUCAACACCAGCGUGCAAUCAGGUAAUAACGCGGCGGUGGCGUCGCCCACCGUGCUCCAGCUCAACCCGUCGGCAGUCUUCUCGGCGUCCCACAUCUUCCGCCGGGACCCGUGCGCCGGACGGUACGUGUACAUGUACGACCUGCCGCCAAGGUUCAACGCCGACCUCGUCCGCGAGUGCCGCCGGAUCUCGGGCUCCCCCAACGUGUGCAAGGACGUGGCCACCGACGGGUUCGGCCCGCCCAUCACGGGCGGAGGCGAGGGCGGGUCGCUGCCGGAGCGGGGCGCCUACGACACCGACCAGUACAUGCUGGGCGUCAUCUUCCACGCCCGGAUGCGGCACCACGAGUGCCUCGCGUCCGAGCCUGCCGCGGCCGCCGCGGUGUACGUCCCUUUCUACACCGGGCUCGACGCGGCGAUGCACCUGGACAACGCAGACCUAGCGGUGCGGGACGCCCUGUCGCGGGACCUGGUAGACUGGCUGGCGCGGAGGCCCGAGUGGCGCGCCAUGGGCGGGCGCGACCACUUCCUGGUCUCCGGGCGGGGCACGUGGGACUUCCUCCGCCGCCCCGACGCCGACGGCUGGGGCAACGCGCUCAUGACCUACCCGGCCAUCCGCAACGCCACGUUCCUCACCACUGAGGCGAGUCCGUGGCACGGCCACGACUUCGCCGUGCCGUUUCCGUCGCACUUCCACCCUUCGUCAGACGCGGACGUCGCCGGCUGGCAGGACCGCAUGCGCCGUGCGCAGCGCGGCCUGCUCUGGUGCUUCGCCGGCGGGCCCCGUGGCGGCGAUACGGGAACCGUGCGUGCCCAGAUCAUCGAGCAGUGCGGCCGGUCGAGCCGGUGCUCCCUGCUGGGCAAGUCGGCGGUGACGAAGCCGGGGCACUACGCACCAGGCCAUGCCAUGCGGCUACUCGAGAGCGCCCAGUUCUGCAUGCAGCCGCGUGGCGACGGGUACACGCGCAAGUCCACCUUUGGCUCCAUGCUGGCCGGCUGCAUCCCGGUGUUCUUCCACCCGGUGUCGGCCUACCUCCAGUACACCUGGCACCUGCCUAGAGACUACCGCAGCUACUCCGUGUUCAUCCCCGCCGGCGACGUCGGCCGGAAUGCUAGUAUCGAGGAGGUGCUGAGUAAGAUACCGUCGGAGAAGGUGACGCGGAUGCGGGAGCAGGUCAUCCGGCUCAUAUCCGACGUGGACCCGGCAGCCAAGGGGGUUACGUUCAAAGAUGCGGUGGACGUGGCCCUUGAGCGUGUCAUCCACCGGGUGGCGAAGCACCGGCGUGCCGCGGCCGAGGGACGGGAGCUCGUGGACAGCGUCGACGGAGGUGAUAGCUGGAAGUACGACUUGCUACAAGAUGGGCAGGAGAAGAUAGGUCCUCAUGAGUUUGAUCAAUAUCUGUACAUGCACGUAACCAAAGAUAUGGAGUAUUUUGUGCCUCAAAAGUACCAUGUUCCAGUACGAACUAGCAGAAAAAAGCAUCUAGAGAUUAGUGCAACAACAACUUGGGAAAAUGGGAAACAAAGCUUGAUCAACCUUGUGUGGGAACUGGGGACAUCUAGUGGACGGGUGGACGACCUCGUCGUCGUCGAGCUCAUCGGGUAUCAGAAAAGGGUUAGUCGGGCAUGGCAGGUCCCAGUCCACAGGUACAGGAAAGUCAAGCUCAGAACCUUGCAGACCUGCUCAGGCCAGCCAGCGCAGGGGGAAGUCGACCGUGAUUGGGGAGCCGGAGCCAGCUUGGUCGCCGGAGAGCUGGAGCACGACGAGGUCCUCGUGCUCGUCGUGAGCAGGCACGAUGUAACAGAAGUCGUCGAGGACCAUGAUGAGGGAGAGAAGCCGUGGCCGCAUGGAAAGACUAACUGCAAGAAAGAGGACAAGUGUGAUGCGGCGUGGAUUUCCUUGCAUGCAACUUCGGAAGCCAUGAUGACCAAGAAGGAUACAAGGAAGGAGAAGUGCCCACAAGACAAAGAAGAGAAAAUGAAGGCCUUCAUAGAGAUACAAAGGAAGAGGCUCGAGAUGGAGGCGGUGAAGCAAACGAAGAAGCUCGAGAUGGAGGCGGGGAAGAAAAGGAGGAUGCUUGAGAUCGAGGCUACCAAUGCCAAGACCAAAGCAAAAGAAGUGGCGCUCGCUUGCAUGGCGAAGGGGUGGAGAUCAUGA